AUGAGGUCUGCCUCGGGUCUGCAGCAGCACACAGCCUUCUCACCUCACCUCAGCUCCAGCCCUGACCACAUCAUCAUCAUCAUCAUCAGAAUCGAGGCUUCAGACAUGAGACAUGAUGAGAUUGUGGCUGUGCGCGUCAGGGGCCCCUCUGUGUCUUUAAAGGCGUGUAUAGCGCGGGGGAGCCUGGUGGGGGAGAGGAGGGGUAGCUGUGCGCCAGUUGGAGGUGUCCUCUUGUCGCUGUGGGUUUGGGGCUUGACAUUAAAGACGAGCGCGUCCAUCUCGGAGCUCGGAGCCCGGGAGAUGAGCUCACACAUGCCCCGCAGCCUGUCGGAGAUGCAUGGAUGGAAGCAAGGACGCGACUAUCGUAUAUAA